GGUUCUGGACUCCCCCCCCCCAACAUGGGGAACAUUUUUCCUGCUGCGUGGAUUGCUGAGGCCGGGCAGGAUGCAGUGAUCUCAGAUCCUCAGGAAACCAACGCUUGCCCGGGAAGCGAGAGAACUGAGCCUGCACGUCCCGACUGUGAGCACAGGACUGCCUGCUGGCUGGAGGCUCCAUGAAGUUCAUUCUACUGUGCGUGUGGCUGUCCAGUCUGCUGGACCUCUGCUCCUUCUCGCUGAGUUCCGGACCACACGCCGACACAUGGUGCAAGGGCAACAAAUGCCACAAGAACGCCACAUGCACGCGGGUGGCAGGCAAGCUCGGCUGCUACUGCAGUGCUGGUUUCACGGGUGACGGAGUGCACUACUGCGAAGAUGAUGACGAGUGCCAGAAUGCCACUCUGACCUGCGGGCAGAAUGCCACCUGCACCAACACCUUCGGGAGUUACUACUGCACGUGCGUCCAGGGCUACCAGUCGUCGCAUGGGAAGCAGGAGUUCACCCCCAACGACGGGACCACCUGCCAUGGGAUCUCGGAGAUGCCCUGCUACUUAAUCAGCGACUGCCUGUCCAAGAGGAUUAAUGACACUUUGCAGCAGCUGAGCAGCUUCAGUGAACCGCAGAUGGCCCUGGAGGAGAUGGCCAAGAACACCACGGGAGGUCUGACCGCCACCGAUCUGCUCCUGUACGUCGAAGUCCUCUCCAGGUCCGCACCGUCGCUUAGUGCAAUCAACGAGAGUCUACCCAAUCCAACCGCAGCUGCCAACGUCACCAUCAACGCCAUUGUGAAAACAGUGAACAAUCUUUUAAAGCCGAGCGAGAUGGUGGUGUGGAGUGAAAUCGCGGAGGACGAGAGGAGGAGAAGUGCCACAAAGUUGCUGCACAUGUUGGAGACGUCGGCCAUCCGCAUCUCCCAGCAUUUGAGGAGCAGCAUGGAGCUGGAGUUCAAAGAGACCGACGUUGCCCUCAAACUGUACACUUUUGAUCUAAGUCAAGAUGAGCAACUUCAAACUCAAGCGAAUUUGGAGCAUAAUCAAAUACGCAUUUCCCAACGGAAGGCAGAUAGAUCCGUCUCUAAUGGGACUGUUGCAAUCAUUUUCCUUCAGUACAAUAGUAUUGGCUCGCUGCUGGAUGCCUCCAAUAGCUCGCGGGAGAGGGAGGUGAACGGGACAGCGGCUCGGAAGGAAUACGCCGUGAACUCGCCCAUCAUUGCCGCGGCGAUCAGAGCAAACCCUCCAUCCCUCUACCGCAUGGACCACAUCACAUUCACACUGAGGCAUUUGGAGCCUGUGAAGAAGGAGGAAUCCGUCUGUGUGUUUUGGAAUUACUCAGCUCUCAGCAUGGAAGGGGAGUGGGACACUGGAGGUUGCGAGAGACUCCAUUACAAUGCCUCGCACACCUCCUGCCGUUGCAACCAUCUGACCAACUUUGCAGUCUUGAUGUCCUCUUCCCCGAUGAAAGAUGUUCUACAUAAUAAUAUCCUGACUCGGAUCAGCCAGCUGGGAAUCAUCGUGUCCUUGAUCUGCUUGUCAAUGUGCAUCUUUACUUUCUGCUUCUUCAGCGAGAUUCAAAGCACCAGAACAACCAUUCACAAGAAUCUCUGCUUCAGCCUCUUUAUAGCGGAGCUGUUGUUCCUUACUGGGAUUAACGUGAACACUAACAAGCUCCUUUGCUCCAUUGUGGCGGGACUACUCCAUUACUUUUUCCUGGCUGCAUUUGCCUGGAUGUGCAUCGAGGGCAUCCACCUCUACCUCAUCGUGGUUGGGGUCAUCUACAACAAGGGCUUCCUGCACCGGAACUUCUACAUCUUUGGCUACGGCAGCCCUUCCGUCGUCGUGGGGAUCUCGGCUGUGCUCGGAUAUAAGUACUACGGCACCGAUAAGAUCUGCUGGCUCAGCACAGAAAACAACUUCAUCUGGAGUUUCAUCGGGCCGGCCUGUUUGAUCAUUUUAGUCAACCUCCUGGCAUUUGGAGUCAUUAUUUACAAGGUCUUCCGGCACACAUCCAUGUUGAAACCGGAAGUGAGUUGCUACGAAAAUAUUAGGUCAUGCGCCCGGGGUGCUCUGGCCCUGCUCUUCCUCCUCGGUGCCACUUGGACCUUUGGCGUGCUGCACAUUAUCAAGGGGUCCCUGGUGACGGCGUACCUCUUCACCAUCUCCAAUGCCUUCCAAGGGAUGUUCAUCUUCAUAUUCCUCUGCGUCCUUUCAAAGAAGAUUCAGAAGGAGUACUACAGAUUAUUUAAGAACGUGCCCUGCUGCUUUGAGUACCUCAGAUAAAUCUGACGGAAGAUGGACAACCAACAGGAGAUGGGAGGAGAAAGACUGCUCGGACGAGUUGCCAAUGACGUUGAUGGGUUGUGACCAUAGCUUUACUAUGGGGUGGGCUUCAUUGGGAUAGAGUGGGUGGUGGAAAAAACACAGGUAACUUACAAAUCCCACAUCUAGUCUCCCGUUCCACGUGGAUUCCCUUCGAUUUUUUCUUAAUAGCCUUGUUCGGCGUUAGCAAGUUGGGCCAACACGCUCCUUGCUGAGCUGUAUAACUCCAAGCCUUAGUUUUCAUUGACGCAGCGCGGAAACAAACCCUUUGGAACUCGAGUCCGCGCCGACCAGCGACCCCCCCAGCACAUUAACACUGCCCUACACACACAAGAUGGUCAAUUUCACAUUUAUACCAAGCCAAUUAACCUGUACGUCUUUGGAGUGUGGGUGGAAACCGAAGAUCUCGGAAAAAAACCCACGCAGGUCACGGGGAGAACGUGCAAACUCCGCACAGACAGCGCCCGUAGUCAGGAUCGAACCCGGGUCGCUGGCGCUGCGAGGGCAGCAACUCUACCGCCGCAUGCCGCCCAGUUACAACAAUGACUUGUUUUGUGUUAAAAGAGUUGCUUUUUCAACGUAACAUUUUAUCCAGUCAGAUUUCAGCUUCCAGGUUUGCAUCUUAAUAUCUUUCCGAAUGAGAUCCCUAAUAUAAAGGGAACAAACAUUAAGAUGUGCAGGAAGGAACUGCAGAUGCUGGUUUACAGCUAAAAUAGACACAAAGUGCUGGAGUAACUCAGCGGCUCAGGCUGCAUCUCUGGGGAGAAGGAAUAUGUGACGUUUCGGGUCAACACCCUCAUCAGGCUCCAGACUGAGUCCGAAGAAGGGACUCGACCCGAAUGAUCACCUAUUCCUUCUCUCCAGAGAUGCUGCCUGUCCCGCUGAGUUACUCCAGCACUUUGUGUCUAUCUUAGGUGUAAACCAGCAUCUGCAGUUCCUUCCUACACAUCUUUGUGUCUAUCAUUCAUUAAGAGUAACAAGAUGCAAGGUAUGGAGUCCCAGGGUAUUUUUGUUCAGGUUGCGAAUCUUUAGACUAGUCUAGUUAUUGUCACCUGUAGCGAGGGUCAGUGAAAAGCUUUUGUUGUGCUCUAAUCGGUCAAGCAAAAGGCAAAAAAUGAUUGCAGUCGAGCCGUCCACGGUGUACAGAUGCACGAUAAAGGGAGUGACGUGGACUUUAGACUUCAGAGAUACAGCAUGGAAACAGGCCCUUCAGCCCAACGAGUCCGUGCCUACCAGCGAUCACCCCAUGCACUAGCACUAUCCUACACACUACAUGUGCUGGACAUUUAUGCCCCUGUCCCACUUAGGAAACCUGAACGGAAACCUCUGGAGACUUUGCGCCCCACCCAAGGUUUCCGUGCGGUUCCCGGAGGUUUUUGUCAGUCUCCCUACCUGCUUCCCCUACCUGCAACCUCCGGCAACCACCUGCAACCUCCGGGAACCGCACGGAA